GCGUUAGAUGUCGGUCAGGCCGACGUCGUACACCGGCCAUUUGGAGGGAGACGGGCCGGCUGCUGUUGUCGCUAACAGGCGCCGACCUUCUUUGUGGCCCCCCAAUUAAAGGGACUGCUCGGAGAACAGGGCACUGCAGGCCCUCGGGUGGGUGAGUUAUGAAGGCCCGGUCAGGGGCUUCAGUCGUCGGCCUUGUGGCUCACUGCAGCCGCUGAGACCGAGCGAGGCCUGCUAGGGACCCGAUCUCUAGUAGCGGCAGCGGCUGCUGCUACAGGGAGGGCUUUGGCCCCACAAUGGGCCUCGUUGUAUCCCUGACUCUCGCUUAGACAGGCCAUUUCUCUACACGGCUGAAUUGGUCAUCUGUCAAGCUACACUUGGUGGAUUUUCCUUCAGAAUUCUCUGCCCCCAUCACUUUGUCCCCCUUCCCCCGUAAUUGCAAAUGGAUUCUUCAAUCCACAUCCUUCAGCGGUUGUGAUUGCAGCAGUUGGGUGCCAUGGAGAAGAAGCGAAGAAAGAAAUGAUAGCCUUCUGAACGAGGCUGCAUUGUUAACAAUUGCCUCAAUAUCAUGAAAACAAAAGCAGCCUAUUUUGCAAACAUCUUUUGCAAAUUGCGCAUCAAUAUGAGAACCUUUAUAGCAAGGAAAAUGAACUGACCCUUGUGGACAUCACAAAACGAUCGGAUUUCUGGGCUUUUGGAAACUUAGGAUUCUGUGACCAUGCGAUUGGAGUGUACCUGGCUGCUGUUGGUUGUGGUAGUAUUGUGCAGUGGGGGACGACUUGGUACGGAGUUGCGGCACAAGAUUUGUCCAAAUUGUACCCAUCUGACUCUGAAGUUGGAAUACACUUCCACUAAUGUUGAACAUGAGUACAUUGUUGCUUUUAAGGGGUACUUCACUGCCACAGCCAGGAGUAAGUUUAUUUCUAGUGCAAUGAAAAAUACGGAUGUGGUGGAAUGGCGAAUAGUUCCUCGUGACAAUCCUGCCAGUGACUAUCCAAGUGACUUCGAGGUGGUACAAAUUAAAGAGAAACAACAGCACAUCGUUCUAACUCUAGAAGAUCAUCCACAUAUUAAACGAGUUACACCUCAAAGAAAAGUCAUCCGCUCCCUCAAAUUCACAGAGACAGACUCUGCUCCACCAUGCAAUGAUAGUCGAUGGACACAGAAGUGGCAGUCCUCAAGACCCCUGAGGAGAACCAGCCUCUCCCUGAGCUCUGGAUUCUGGCAUGCUACAGGCAGGCACUCAAGCCGACGUCUGUUGAGGGCUAUCCCACGGCAAGUAGCUCAGACUCUUCAGGCAGAUGUAUUAUGGCAGAUGGGACAUACAGGUGCCGGUGUAAAAGUAGCAGUGUUUGAUACAGGACUCAGUGAAAAACAUCCUCACUUCAAAAAUGUAAAGGAACGAACCAACUGGACCAAUGAGAAGACCUUAGAUGAUGGCUUGGGACAUGGGACAUUUGUUGCAGGGGUAAUCGCUAGCAUGCGGGAAUGUCAGGGAUUGGCACCAGAUGCAGAGCUACACAUUUUUAGAGUCUUCACUAACAAUCAGGUGUCUUAUACCUCUUGGUUCCUGGAUGCCUUUAAUUAUGCAAUUUUGAAGAAGAUAGAUGUUCUGAACCUCAGCAUAGGAGGGCCAGACUUCAUGGAUCAUCCUUUUGUUGAUAAGGUUUGGGAACUGACUGCUAAUAAAGUGAUCAUGGUCUCUGCAAUUGGUAAUGAUGGGCCUCUUUAUGGUACUCUCAAUAAUCCUGCUGACCAGAUGGAUGUAAUUGGUGUAGGUGGGAUUGAUUUUGAAGACAACAUGGCUCGAUUCUCCUCCAGAGGAAUGACCACUUGGGAGCUUCCUGGUGGUUAUGGCAGAAUGAAACCAGACAUUGUGACCUAUGGCUCUAGUGUGCGAGGCUCUGGUAUGCAAGGAGGUUGCCGUUCACUUUCGGGCACCAGUGUGGCAUCACCAGUGGUGGCUGGUGCAGUCACUCUGCUUGCAAGCACUGUACAACACCGUGAGAUGGUAAAUCCUGCCAGUAUGAAACAAGCAUUAAUAGCAUCUGCUCGCAGACUACCAGGGGUCAACAUGUUUGAACAGGGACAUGGCAAACUGGAUCUACUGAAGGCAUACCAAAUUCUCAAAAUCUAUAAGCCUCAAGCCAGCUUAAGUCCAAGCUACAUUGAUCUGACUGAAUGUCCGUACAUGUGGCCCUACUGUUCCCAGCCAAUCUAUUGUGGAGGGAUGCCAACUGUCAUCAAUGUAACCAUCUUAAAUGGUAUGGGGGUCACUGGUCGGAUUAUUGACAAGCCCAUAUGGCAGCCAUAUCUGCCCCAGAAUGGAGACCAUAUCGAAGUCGCUUUUUCCUAUUCUCAAGUCCUCUGGCCUUGGUCAGGAUUCUUAGCUAUAUCUAUAUCUGUCGCAAAGAAAGCUGCGUCAUGGGAAGGCAUUGCUCAGGGUCAUGUGAUGGUAACAGUUGCCUCACCAGCUGAAAAUGAUUCUAAUAAUGGCAAUGAAGUGACUUCAACUGUGAAGCUGCCAGUUAAGGUGAAAAUCAUUCCAACACCACCUCGCAGUAAGCGUGUCUUGUGGGAUCAGUACCAUAAUCUGCGUUACCCACCCGGUUACUUUCCAAGGGAUAAUCUCCGCAUGAAAAAUGACCCACUAGAUUGGAACGGUGACCAUAUACAUACCAACUUUAGAGAUAUGUACCAACAUUUGCGCAGCAUGGGAUACUUUGUGGAGGUGCUCGGAGCUCCCAUUACCUGCUUUGAUGCCAGUCAGUAUGGUACACUGCUAAUGGUAGACAGUGAAGAGGAAUACUUUCCUGAGGAAAUUACUAAACUGAGGCGGGAUGUUGAUAAUGGCCUUUCUGUCAUAGUCUUUAGUGAUUGGUACAACACAUCUGUAAUGAGAAAAGUGAAAUUCUAUGAUGAAAAUACAAGACAGUGGUGGAUGCCAGAUACUGGAGGAGCAAAUAUCCCAGCACUUAAUGAUUUGUUGUCAGUGUGGGGCAUGGCUUUUGGUGAUGGCUUGUAUGAAGGGGAUUUCAGUAUGGCAAAUCAUGACAUGUAUUAUGCUUCAGGAAGUAGUAUUGCUAAAUUUCCAGAGGAUGGACUUGUUCUUGCUCAAACUCUAAAGGAUCAAGGACUCGAAGUCUUAAAACAAGAAACGGUUGUGGUUAAAAAUGUCCCCAUCCUUGGAUUGUACCAGACUCCAUCAGAUGGUGGGGGGCGGAUUGUCUUGUAUGGAGAUUCUAAUUGCCUUGAUGAUAGUCACAGGCAGAAAGACUGCUUCUGGUUGCUUGAUGCUCUUCUGCAAUACACUUCAUAUGGAGUUAUGCCCCCAAGCUUAAGCCACUCUGAAAAUAGACUGCAGCCUCUCUCUGGGAUUGAUCAUCCACUGCCUGAGCGGAUGGAAGGCAAUCAUUUGUAUCGAUUCUCCAAGGUUCUUGAACCACAUCUUGCAGAUCCGAAGCCACGUCCUCUGCCAGCAUGUCCUCAUUUAUCCUGGGCCAAACCUCAACCUCUGAAUGAAACGGCACCCAGUAACCUUUGGAAACAUCAGAAAUUGUUGUCUAUUGACUUAGACAAAGUAGUUCUGCCAAAUUUUAAGCAAAACCGCCCCCAAGUGCGACCUUUAUCACCUGGUGAAAGUGGGGCGUGGGACAUUCCUGGAGGUAUAAUGCCAGGCCGAUAUAACCAGGAUGUGGGACAGACAAUUCCAGUCUUUGCUUUCCUUGGUGCUAUGGUGGUUCUGGCAUUCUUUGUGGUUCAAAUAAAGUCAAAGAGCAAGCCAAAGAGACGGAAACCACGGGUCAAACGUCCUCUACUACUUCAGCAGAUGCACCAGCCAAAGACUCCCUCUGUGUAAUUGUACAAUGGACACCAGCUAAUCAAGAUCCAUCCAGGGAACAGAAUUCUGCAGUCAGCAGCUCUUGAAAGGCAUAGUGCUUCAUUUAAGACAAAAACUACACAAGGCACUUGAUUGGUCUGUUGCCAUUUUUAAACACCCGGAGACUGUGUGAUUUUACCAAGUUGAGGAUAUCUUUUCACAGCAAUCAUAACUACCAAAAACAUUGUGUUUGGUUGCUCUAUAUUUAUAUUUCUCUAAGAGCAGAAUUGUAAACAGAUCAGUCUGUACAGACAUUGGGAUCUCUUUCUUCAGUUCUUGGUUUUAUUUUGUCAUCAUGUCAAGCAGUUGUUUUGUUACAAGGACAUUUAUUGACGUAAAAUGUAUUUUGUAACAUGAAUCUGCAACCUUGCCAUGCUUAAGAAUGAAUUGCUGAUUUUUUUGGAUAUUGUGCACAGUGGCACUAGACAGGAAUAAUGGAUUGAGGAAACUGUACCAAUGGGCUCUGUGCUUGAAAUGACUUAUUUUUAUAAAAUGGAAACUACCAUAAUUCACUGUAAAUAUUUAAAAUGGCAGUUUGCAAUCUAUUUUCACCAUUGUCGGUGGAAUAAAUUUACAAGUAUCUGCAAGUUAUAUACUGUCUGAAAAGUUGAUUAAGUUCUUGCUCUUUCUCAUUGUACAGAAGUAUGGUGCACUGUAAUAUGUCUAGCAGUAUGAUGCUUGGAACUUCUAAGCAUCCUUUUGCACAGUGUUUUUGAGUGAAUUAUCAUGGCAGUAUGAUCAUUUACUAUCUUUAGAUUGUCCAAACAAAGCUUGUGUCUACAUAAUUUUGGUUUGUGAAUGGGUAGACUUUAUUUGAUCCUACAAUGCAUUGCACCCUCUGAUUAGCAGGCCCUGAGUCAUAAAGCAAAUCUCAUUGGACUUGGUGAUUGCAUAUCUUCACAUCUCUGCUACCCUUGGGCCCACUUUCUGUGAAGUUAUUGAACAGUUCUGGGGAUUGGUGGUUUUAGCUUUUUCUUGUAGCGUGAUGCCACAAUGAUUAGUUUCAUUAUUUAAAUAUAGUAGAAGCAGUAACUUGGAGACAUGACAUGAGGCUGAAGGAAGGAUUUAUGGAGAAAUUAAGGUAGCGAUUGGAUAGAAUCAAAUUCAUUAAUAUCACUGACAUUUGUCAUAAAACUUGUUUUGCAGCACAGUACAUAAGAAAUGACAAAUGUUACAAUAAUUCAUAAUGCGAAAGAGGAAUACUGAGGUAGUGUUCAUGGACCGUUCAGAAAUCUGAUGGUGAAGGAGGGGGUAGAAGCAAUUCCAAAAACAUUGUGUGUGUGUGUCUUCAGGCUCCUGUACCUCCUCCCUAAUGAGAAGAGGGCAUGUCCCAAAUGGUGAAGGUCCUUAAUGAUGGAUGCUGUCUUCUUGAAGGUGCCCUCAAUGGUAGGGAGAGUUGUGCCUGUGAUGGAGCUGGCUAAAUUUACAACACUCUGCAAGCACUUUUGAUCCUGAGCAUUGAAGCCUCCAUGUCAAAUGGUGAUGCAACUGGUCAGAAGUACUCCCCACCAUUCAUCUGUGUUUUUUUUAACAACUGUUGUUUUCCAGGAGGAAAUCCUAUCCUACCUGUCAACAGACAAGAGAAAAUCUGCAGGUGCUGGAAAUCCAAGCAACACACAUAAA